GAAUCCCUGAUUUCCCAAGAGGCGUGGCUUCUGGACCGGAAGAAGCGUUUGUUGCCUAGGAAACGUGGUGUGUCUAGGCGGCUGCUGCGCUACUGAUGCUGCAGCUGAGGCAGAAACCGCCAGUUGCCUUCACUUGCAGAGGCGGGCCAGCCCUGGGCAAGGAAUUUUUCCAAUGGAGGCGUAGAGAAGAAGGCUGAGGCACCAGAUUUCCAUCCCACAGGCGAGAAAGAGUGCGAGAAUCCAUCCCGGCUCCUCAUCAACUACUGAACUCUCCUACUAGCUUCAAAGUUCAGAUAUGACCCUCUUUCCUCAAAAUUUAUAGCCAGAGGUCACCUCCCCGUCAGUUUACAAUUUCUUUUUAUCUUUACCACGUUUUGAACUCCACGCGACUCGUUUCUAAUGUGUGAAAGGUGGAAAAAGAAGAGUAAACUUGUGUGAUCGAGGUAACAUCCUAUUUCCCUGACAACUUGUAGGAAGCUGAUUCUGAGAGGGCUUGAACAUUUGGCUGGGGUAUAAAUGAGCAACUAAAAAGUUAGCAAGCAUUGGAAAAAUGUGUUAACCAUACCCAGUUUUGGUAAGAAAACAGAAUUGAAAGUUGUAACCACCAUCGCUGCUUUGUAAAUAUUUGAAUCACAUUAUGGGAUUGCUAGACAGACUUUCAGGCCUGCUUGGCCUAAAGAAGAAGGAAGUUCAUGUUUUGUGCCUUGGGCUGGAUAACAGUGGCAAAACAACGAUCAUUAACAAGCUGAAACCCUCCAACGCUCAGUCCCAAGAUAUAGUUCCAACUAUAGGAUUCAGCAUAGAAAAGUUCAAGUCAUCCAGUUUGUCUUUUACAGUAUUUGACAUGUCAGGUCAAGGAAGAUACAGAAAUCUCUGGGAGCAUUAUUAUAAAGAAGGACAAGCCAUUAUUUUUGUCAUUGAUAGUAGUGAUAAGUUAAGAAUGGUUGUGGCUAAAGAAGAACUUGAUACUCUUCUAAAUCAUCCAGAUAUUAAACAUCGCCGGAUUCCAAUCUUAUUCUUUGCAAACAAAAUGGACCUUAGAGAUGCAGUGACAUCUGUAAAAGUAUCUCAGCUGCUGUGCUUAGAGAAUAUCAAAGAUAAACCAUGGCAUAUUUGUGCUAGCAAUGCCAUAAAAGGAGAAGGAUUACAAGAAGGUGUAGACUGGCUUCAAGAUCAGAUCCAAGGUGCGAAGACAUGAAAAGAUAGCAUCUGGGAAUAUCAGCAGUUUUGAAUUGAAUGAAUAUAUCAAAGGCAAACUGAAUAGAUGUGUAUGUACCCACGAAUAUGACACUCUGCUUGCAUUUAUGGAUUCAAGUGAGCUUUUUAAAAACAGGCAUCAGCCAUAGUAAUCUGGUUAUUAAUUAUAUGAAAACUAAAUCUUCCCUCAGGACACCAUAAAUAUAACAAUUUCUUGGUAAAAGUUUAUAUUUGAUUGUAAUUAGACUGUUUAAAAAGUGUUACAAGCCAUUUCAAUUUUCCAUCAUGAUUUGUACCAUAUUUAAUGUAAUUUUAUUUUUUAAUUGUUUUAAAAUUUUAGUUUAUGGUACUACUUUUUGGUAUGAAUUAUACUUGUGAAAAAAUAUGUGAGCAUAGGUGACGUAUGUAUUUUAAUAUGUAUUAAAAUUUUACUGUGUCAUUAUCAAUAAAACAAAAAAAUACAAUGUACUGAUUAGUGUGCUUUAUUUAUACUAAAAAGAAUAAUGCUAUUAAUGGUAUUUGGUGUUUUACUAUCUAGCGUGUAUGCAUGGCCUAAAAUUAAAGUAAACUGAAUUUAUUCACUGCAUAUUGAACACUCCCAUACCCACUAUUCAGGCAUAGUCAUAGGCACUAGUUAUGCAAGGUAAGAUAUUCCUGAACUUCAGAGCUUAAAAUACACUGAGGGAGAAUUUGAGAACCUUUUCAUACAUGGUACAUAAUUUUAUUUCAUUGAUAAAUCAGACCUGCAUGUGCAAACAUCAUAUUGUCUCACUAGUAUAAGAACCUGAAAGAGAAUUAAAUCUGAAGGGUACAGUAGAUACUGGGAAGAGACCGAACCUGUCUGAAAGGAAGGAAUUGCUGAGAUGAGGACAGGAGAGGGAGUAGGGAAAGAGAUAUAUCUAUGUAUGUAAGCAGGAUGGUU